AGCAAAUCGAAAAUUCGACUCCAUCGAGAAAGCUUGAAUAAUGAGGGGCUACCAACAAUUGCUUGUUUGCACCACCUCUCGACCAGCCACCAUGCAAAGAUCUUUCUCAGUUAUGCCCAACAGGCCGGGACCGCGGGAAGGAUGCAAAAUCCCUCCUAUCCGGGCUUGCUCCUCCGCGGAGCCUCGCCUUGGCAAUGUCACAAGUUCCAACAACCAGUCCCACGAUUUGGAGUCGCAACAUGACCCCUUGACCAACGAGCUGUUUUUUUUGACAAGAUCUAACAAGAGCUAACCUGUACGACUAGCUGGAAUCCUACCAUCCUAUGCAACAUUGGGGCCGCAAUUACAGCGUUUGUGGCGCUGCCUGCAGCCAUCAUGCACGAUGUACCACACACACGGUUUUUCUCAGCCUCCUCUCCUGGCCUUCGAGACUUCUGACCCCUGUACAUGUUCUCAACCAAGACAGACAUAAUAGGCGCGGCAUGUAUAACAGCUUUUUCCCUGCUCACAGCAACGUGAUGGCACUAGGCUGGCGAACCAUUGUCUAGCCUGCCACUGGACAACUUCACGCCCGAAACGAACUGCCUACCAAAUCACUACACCAUGGCGAGCCCGCAUCGCGGCAAUGAAACAGAGAAAACCCAUCCGCUCAUCGAAGCCGCCAAAGCAAACGAUUUUGAGAAGGUCAAGGAGCUGCUGGAUCAGGCAGAGGAUGUGAAUGUGAAAGAUGAAGCGUACUAUGGACAAACCGCCAUAUCGUGGGCUGCCGAACUGGGUCUUUUGGAAGUCUUCAAGCUUUUAUAUGAACAUGGCGCCCGUUUGGACAUUCUGGACGUCGACGGCAACAGCCCAGUCUUCUGGGCUAUGAACAAGGAAUACGUCAACGUGAUUGAGUAUCUCCUCGCCAACAUCAAAGAGGAAGACAUCUCACACAAGUACUGCGCCGGCAGGAGCAUGCUGUUUGUGGCUACCGAGUAUGGCUCGGCAGAGGAUGUCAAACGUUUCGUUUCUUCGGACUCUAACGUGCGCGACGACGAUGGGCUGACGCCGCUCAUGUUUGCGGCUCUGUAUUCUCGCAAUGCAGUUUCCAAUGCUGCUGCAUUGCUCGAGGCCGGUGCGGACCCUCUCUUGGAGGAUGAUGAAGGCCGCACUGCGAUAUACUAUGCUUGCCAACGGGGGAAAGCCGAAUUGGCCAAAUUGUUGCUCGAUAGGGUCGACGGCGGCUUUGAUGUCGACGGCAGAGGACCCGAGGCAAGACCUCUUAUCGAAGCUGCUAAACAGGGCGAUGUCACGAUGAUCCAGCUCCUGCUUGAACGGGGCCCUCAACUCGAAUUUCCCGAUGAACAAGGCAAAACACCACUGUAUUGGGCUGCAAAGAACGGCCAUAUCGAAAAUAUAUGUGCCCUCAUAGACGCUGGCGCCGACCCUUACAGACUAUGUCGCCCACCAGUUCCUAACGGAGACUGGAACCUGACUGCCUUUGCUAUUGCAGCAACCAACUGUGAAGAAAAGUGGCACGACUUUAUUCACCAAGACCUCAAGCCGGACCUCACAAUCCGGAAUGACGAACGUGGCGCAACGGCUUUCCACCUCGCUGCAUAUUUCGGCGUUGAACCCGCAGCUCUGCAGCGGAUGUUUGCCGCCGGUUGUUUAGUCGACACCCCAGAUAUGGAUGGCAGGACGCCGCUUCUCUUGGCCUCGGAGCGUGGCCAUAGUUCAAUCGUUGCUAUUCUUCUUGAGCAUGGCGCAGAUACCGAAGUGACGGACAGCAGGUUCAACAUGACGGCACUCAUGUUGGCCGCAGCGAAUGGGCGUGAUCAGGUCGUGGAACAGCUUAUCCCGGUUAGCAAAGUUGAUGCCCGAGAUGGCGAGAUGGCCACGGCUCUGCAUUUCGCAGCCCGUAGUUGUUCUGCCAGCACUGUAGAGGCCCUGAUCAAGGCCGGCCCAUCUCUGAUCGACGCUCCCAACAGCUACGGCGGGUCGCCUCUUUUUUGGGCCGCUAAUCAUGAUCGCCCAGAAGCCGUCCAGGCUUUGAUCAGAGCUGGGGCAGAUAUCUACAUGGUCGAUGUUAAUGGAAGGCCAGCGAUAUCAUUCUGUAUUCACAACUUGAAUAUGAUCAAAGCCUUUGUCGAUGAGGAGAGAGAGCAACCUGCGCCUGGGAAUAAGGAAACGCCCCGUGUGCGUGCGAUAGAACUAGCUCUGCGGUAUGCGUGUGACGAAGAGGAAUAUUCUGGUUCUAGAUCUCCAAUCUUCCCUCUGGACAGCACAGACGACGAGGUGUAUCUCAAGGCCGUGGACGGGAACGGCAGGAACUUGGUGUCGUGGGUAGCCCAGUACGGACACUCUUUGGAGAUGGAAAAGCUGUGUAAGAAGCCGAAUCUCGACUUCAGAACGGCAGAUGACCAAGGUCGUACCCCUUUGCACUGGGUGGCCCAAAACAAAAUCACAAGCGCCACCGAAACGGUAAUGAUGGUCAGAAGUCUUCUCGACCUCGGGGUUUCUCGUGACUCUCGGGACAAAGCCGGUCGGACACCACUUUCUUAUGCAGCAGAAACCGGUCUCUUGGAGGUCAUGCAGCUUUUGGUAAGAAAGGGCGCAGAGGAGGACAGCCAAGACAACAAUAAGAGAACGGUGCUUUCUUGGGCUGCCGCAGGGGGGCACGAAGACUGCGUCCGAUAUCUUCUGAGUGUCAAGAGUGUAAGGCCAGACAGCAAAGACGUCGACGGCAGAACUCCACUCUCCUGGGCCGCUGGAAUGGGCCGCUUGGAAGUUGUCAAAAUGCUGCUUGCUCGGCGUGAUUGGAAGGGCCCGGGUGAGGAUAGUCAUAAUGGUCGGAGCAAGAAGGGUGCUUCGGCGACAAAUGAGGCGGCUGUGGAUAUCAACUCGCGUGACAACAAGUCACAAACACCACUCUGGUAUGCGGCUGACAAUCAACAUCUGCCUGUAUUCGAGACGCUGCUCUUGUAUGGGGCAAAAUCAGGCAUCAAGGACAACAAGGGAAGGCUUCUCAAAGACUACCUCGACGAGAGGAUACAGAAAGAUUCGGUAUCGGAAACAAGAACUCUGAGGACCAUGUUUGGGAAGCUGAAUCCAUCCGGAUUUCUCUGGCGUGAACCAUCAACUAUGACUACUCGGGUUGACAGUGAGUUCAGCGCAACCCUUCUGUAUUACUCGAAAGAUAAUCUCGAGAUACACACCCCGACAGUCGCGUCAAUCCUGCAGGGGAAGCGCCCACCUUCCAGAGAAGACAUGGCGUGUGUCUGGACACAUCUUCCUGCCAACAACAUGCGAUGGGUUGAGGUGCUCAUGGCGAAACAUUAUGAGGCUUUUGGAGAGGGCUGGCGAGCCAAUGUUGUUUUGAAACCAAGGUUGUGGGAGCAGCAUCAACACAAGUCACAAGAUGGGCAGUACCACGCAAGGUUCAUGCGUCCGGCGUGUCGUCCGUUCGCCUUUCCCGAAGAAGAUCCAACUGAACAAGGCUUGGUCCUUUUUAUGCCGUAUUUGCAUUGGGAGCAGGAAGAAGAACAGCGAAAGCUCAAAGACGUCCUGGUAAAAAAGUCCGAAGCCAAGAAGAAGAUAUUUCCGACCGAGGAUGCCGCCAAAGAGUAUCGCCGUAACCUCGUCCGAACAGCACUUGAUGAUAGGAGUCUCUGCGGAACCGAAAAGCUGUAUUGGGCCUACCUCGACGAAGAGCACCCGCUGCAUGGUCGACGUACGCUCGACCAAUUCUAUUACCACACGCUCGCGGACACGGAGAAACGUGACCAGGACCAGACCUCUUUGAGGUACUUUAAUGAAAGACGACAGACCCUACACUCGAAAGAGUCAGAGGAUUUGAAACCCACAAUUACCAUGGUAGACCAGCUAUGGAUGUGGGUGCUGCCAAAGUGCGGGAAAUCGCCGAGAACCAUCAUCACUGCCUUUCCACAACGAUCCAACAGGAUGACGACAAAAACCUCGAAGAUUAUGACAUCACUGGUAUCUAAUAUUUUUGAUCGAUUUCGCGAGCAGUCAGCGAAAGGUGAUGCAUCGGUUGACGAACUGGCAAAAAUCAUAGUCGCAGAGUGUGCUCGGAUAUACUUUGAUCCUAUGAGUAACCGGAAUGAGUUGGUUCAGUUUGUCGAGAUAUAUCGGACAUCAAUUGGUGAAAUUACUGAGGAUGAGACCAACCGCUUCCUGUCUUUUCAAAACAACAUUCCAACCGCCGAUGAGGAACAGCCUGACGCUUCGUCUGACAACAAGGCAGGCGAAUCAAAGGCUCUAUCGUCACAUGCCGAGUUUGAUGAGGUUCCCAAGAAGUUGAAUGCCAUGAUUGACAUCAAAGCCGAUAUUGAAGACUUGAGAAAAAUCAAGGACAUUCGCGAUGAGCUUCACAUCAUCUCAUCGAUUUUCCAUAUACAGAAGAACAUUGUGGAGACUCUAGAUCAUAUUCUCGAAGACUUUGAAGAGCAAAGAAACACCGUGAUCCUAGAGCAAGAGCGGAACCUCGGGCCGCCACCUCCAUUCAGAAGACGAGAUGACAGCCGUGCUUUCUCGAGACGCACUGUUAGCCCACCUUUCAGACGCCGAAGCUCCAGCCCCCCAUUUAGAAGAGGCAACCCCUACCCGCCUUCUAGGGGGUUCCGCUCGCCUUCCCGGAGACGAACCCCAGAUAUUAUUUACAACAAUGCAGGGAUCGAACAGGAUUCGGAUCGGCAGAAGUACCAUUCGCCAAUGCUGGAGGUUGUUACUCGCAACAUUGCAGAGGUCGUGCGCCUGGAAAAGUUUGCUGAAAGAGCUAUCCAAGCGAUUGAACAACUGCUGGAUUUGAAGCACAAGCAGGCUAACCUCCAGCUGACGAGGGGAAUCUACAAGAUCAACGAUGAGAAUGACAGGCAGGGCAAGACGAUCAUGUACUUUACUGUUGCAACCAUUAUCUUUCUUCCGCUAUCAUUCAUGGCCUCCUUUUUGACCAUAGAGGUUGAGGAAUUUCCACGUGGCGACACCGGGAACCUGUCGUUGAAAUUCGUCCUCAUUAUCAUAUUUUCGAUUUCUGUUGGCCUAAUCAUUCCAUCGGUGUUCCUGGCUUUCAAUCUUGACAAACGAACUCGUGACCAACGGUGGCAGAAUUUGCUGAAUAGCUUCAAAGAGAUCAUGGGGCUCACGGUGAGGAGUACAAGUGACGGUUUGAAGGCAGGCAAAAGUUGGGUGAAGAGGCGGGGCGAUCGGGCGGUCAAGACCAAGCAGCGGGAUCCUGAGAUUGGGGGUGGUGUCACCUUGGUUGGUGUUGACAAUUCCCAGUUUCGGUCGGGAGUUGAGAAUAGGGACGGUGAUGUCGGUCAAAAAGGGGUGACGGUCACUACGGUGAUCGGCUCGGGGGGUCUACAUAAGCGGCAGGAGGCGAAGGCUACUUCUCAUGUGGGUUCUAGCACUACGGAUGGUAUCAAGUAGGGGACUCGUAUGUUGAUGCUGGUACCUUAAGGAAGGCGCCGAAGACAAAUCCCAUACUAUGACAGAGGUUUUACCCAGCUACACCUUACAACAUGGAUUGAACAUCAGAAGGAGUUGAACGAUUGGUAAAAAUACUUAACGAUGAUGGUUGGGCACAUGUCAACCUCUAUUGGCUUACCGUACGAUACUGAUCCGUUAACAUUUCACCGCCAC